AAAGGUCGAAAGAUACCAUCCAUCAAAACGUGGGGUUGUUAAAGGCCCAAAGCACAGGGCUCUGCCUGUGCGAACUUUACCCCACCUGCAAUUAGUUUACUUCUCCAAUCCAAGCAAAAAUGUCCAUAGCUGCCGUGGCUCAUCGCCACGUUUUUGGUCUGAAAGGCGAUGUCAACAACUGCAUUGCGUACCUGGACGAGCAAACGGUUAUCUAUCCUGCAGGGCACAAUUCUAUCCUUUACAAUACCGAAAGCAAGAUCCAGCGUUUCAUUCCAGUGACAGAAAAAUGCGAGGGCAUAACAGCAAUGGCAGUAUCGGCCAACAAGCGAUACAUCGCAAUCGGAGAACGGAGCGACAAGCCACUUUGUGCGCUGUACGAUCUACACACCUUGAGACGAAGGAAGACACUUUCUCCUCAGGAUACCGAGGGCAAAGAUUUUGUGAGCAUCGCCUUUUCAUCGGACGCAAAGUACAUCCUCACGCAAACGGGUCCACCGGACUGGACACUCUAUUAUUGGUCCUGGGAAAAAGCAAAGAUGAUGGCAUCUGUAAAAACUGCCAAUCUGCCAGUGGAAAAGGGUGCUAGCCAUGGGGUUACAGCAGGUGCUCAAGGUUCGGUAGCUGUUCUAUCCUCAACGUCAAUGGUUGCGAGGGAAGCUGCUUUUGGCAGCGUCGUAUAUGAAGUCAGUUUCAACCCCACCGACAAUACCCAGCUCUGCGUUAUAGGAAAUGGAAUCUUCAAGCUAUUUCGAUACCAAGAGGGCGUAUUGAAAGCUUUUGCGAUUCAAAAAGGUGACUUGAAGAACUACAUGUCUCAUUGCUGGUCGGCAGACGAUCGCAUCAUUGUCGGUACCGAGGAUGGCAAAAUUCUUAUUUUUGAGAACAAUGGGGAACUACGUGCUGAGCUCAACUAUCUACAUGGAUCAUCGCAAAUUCCUCGGGCAGUCUGCACCAUGUUUGCGUACUCGAAGGGGUUUAUUUGCGGAGGCUCCAAUGGGAGUAUUGCCAUCUAUGAUAAGAGCGACGAAGCUGGUAGUAGCGCAGUUGCACAGCAAUCCGGACAGUCACAGUUGUCGCAGUCCAACAAGGAGCUUUACCGCAAGGUGAAGGAACUUACGCUACAGGAUGAAAAUGCAAAAAUCACUAGUAUGGCCAUAAGUCCCAGCGAGGACAACCUCGUUUGUACCACGGAGACAAACCAGAUGUUUGCAAUUAUGUUGGCCGGUACAGAAAUGAAGGGGGAAGAAUCGAGAUUUGAACUCUUUUCUCAGCCGUUUCACCAUGGUCAAGUCACUGGGUGCGAUACUUGCAUUCGCAAACCUUUAGUCGUUACAUGCUCCACCGAUCGGUCUGUGCGUGUAUGGAACUAUCUCGAUUCCACAUCAGAACUUGUGAAAUACUUUCCGGAAGAGGCCUUUUCGGUCGCGAUUCACCCAAGCGGGCUGUAUAUCUUGGUUGGCUUUAGCGAUAAGCUGCGAUUGAUGAACCUGUUAAUAGAUGACAUAAGAACCUUCCGGGAGUUUACAAUUCGCGGAUGUCGGGAGUGUCGAUUUUCGAACGGAGGGCAAUAUUUUGCAGUGGUACACGGGAAUACCAUUCAAAUAUAUUCUACUUGGAAUUUCGAAAAUCUGGGUAAUCUGAAAGGUCACAAUGGCAAGGUGCGAUCAUUGUUUUGGACUCAGGAUGAUUCUCGAAUCGUUUCGGCCGGAAUGGAUGGAGCGAUAUAUGAUUGGGCAUUGAGAGACUUAACUGGAACAAGCGGAAGUGGGAUCAAGCGUGAAGGAGAGAGUAUUCUGAAAAGUUGCAGUUACACUUGUGCCAUUGCGACAACAGAUGGCCGUAGUAUUUUUGCCGUUGGAAGUGACAAGACCUUGAAGGAAAUCAUUGACUCGCAAAUAGUUCGGGAACAAGAAUCAGACGCAGUCUUAACCCAGGUCAUUCUGUCACAAUCGGGAAGAAUGAUGUUUGUGGGUACUGCUAACGGAACUAUCCGGUCCAUGAAAUAUCCCCUUGGCAGCGAGCCAGGAGAUUACCAAGAGCAUCAAGCCCAUUCUGCACCCGUAACCAAGCUACGAGUAAGCUACGAUGACCAGUUUCUCUUUUCGACGUCCGAAGACGGGGCACUCUACGUUUUCAAAAUAUCGGACAAGGAAGGCCGAGGAUUGAAACGGGAUCGUGAGAUCGUCUAUGCAGAUGAAAUCCUCGUAACGAAAUCCGACCUCGAAGAGAAGAACUCUACCAUGGCGGAGCUCAAGACCCGGGUGGAAGAACUGAAGAUGGAAAAUGAGUACCAGCUUCGGCUGAAAGACAUGAACUUCAACGAGAAGAUCAAAGAGGUUACCGAGAAAUUCAUGCAAGAAAUCGAAGCAUUGAAAAUUACAAGCACUGUGCUAAGGACAGAUAAGGAGAAAGAAGAAGUUCGCCAUGAGGAAGAAAUGGCGGAAGAACGAGAACGGCAUGCGAGGGAGUUGAUGGAACUUGAGACAGUUCACAACGCCAAGUUGAUGGCCGAGUAUGAGCGCUACCAGGAGCUUCAGGGUCGAUCAACGGAGCUUCAAGGACAAUGGGAAAGACAAAUGCGGGACAUGCAGGCAGCCAAAGAGAAGGCACUCGCAGAACUGACAGCACAUUUUGAAGCGAGAGUCAAAGAAAAGCAAGCUGAAAUAGAUCAACUGCAACAAGAACUCAAAAGCCAACACCUUGAAUUUACAGAAACCACUCGAGAAACAGAACAAGAUGCGGAUACUGAAAUUCUGGAGAUCAAACACCGAUACGAGAAAAAGCUAAAAGAAGAACGUGAAAUUGGGCUAAGAUUGAAAGGAGAAAACGGAAUUAUGAGGAAAAAAUUCAAUACUCUGAAUUCCGAAAUCGACGCUCACAAGGCAGAAAUUGGAAAGAUGUAUAAUGAGGAGAAAAAGCUGCAUGGCGUUAUCAAGAGCUUGGAGAAGGAUAUAGCGGGAUUGAAGAAGGAGAUUCAAGAGAGGGAUGAGACUAUCCAAGACAAGGAGAAGCGUAUAUACGACUUGAAAAAGAAAAAUCAGGAAUUGGAGAAGUUCAAGUUUGUCUUGGACUAUAAGAUUAAGGAGCUCAAGCGCCAAAUUGAGCCUCGAGAGCAAGAUAUUCAAGGAAUGACGCAUCAAAUAAAAGAAAUGGAUGUUGAGCUGGAGCACUAUCACAAGGCCAACUCUAAUUUGGAGCUAACAAUUGCGGAUUUAAAAUUGAAACUCCGUGCGGCAGAAAAGGAGGUGGCGAAGGAGCACGCUCGGGUGAAGGGCUUUGCUGCCACUGUGAAGAGAUUCAAAGUGGAUUUGAACGAAUGCGUCCAGUACAUUCAAGAGCCGAAGUUACUCAAGACGCACAUCAAGAACAUCUACCAAAAGUAUUGCCUUUCGACGGAUACGUCUAUUACCUCUAGCAGCUCUGCUACUCCCGCCAUCGCUUCAUCUUCUACCACCGAUAUUCAACAGGAAUAUGCCCGCCAGCGGGAGUACCUCGAGCGCACCGUGGCUUCCCUUCGUCGCAAAGUUACAAAAGAUCAGAGCAUUCACAGGGCCGAUAAUGUCCGCAUCAUGGCCGAAAAUGUGGCUCUAAUUAAGGAGAUCAAUCAGCUCCGAAGAGAUUUGAAAGGAACCCGAGCAAGGGAGAAGGCUGCAGAGAUUGCGCUAAAACAUGUGAAGGGCCAAGAUGAUGAAUCAGAAUCUCCAAGUGGACCAACAAGACCCAAGAGUGAAGUUACAGCAUACCGCCUCCCACCAAUGGCUUCCCCUCCACCACCACCACUACCAGCUGUAGUCGAACAACAAGCGUUAUCAACGCAGUGAGCAGCAAUAUGUGAUAGAGACGGAUUUUGUUUUUAUACUUUGUGUUAUAUUAAUCGUACGCUGGGAUCCGCAGUGUUGACUGCCUGUAGUCUUCUGUUUGUUUAGUGUAUCGAAAUACACCAGACUUGAACCC